GGAUCCUUCACUGCACUGCAUUGCUAUCGAUCAGUCAGCCAGCACUAGUCUACCAGCAAAUCUGCCACCACCGGUCAGCGGAUGGGGACGGCGGCCAGCGAUCCAGCCAGUGCCCGGGGCCCUUCUGCACUAGCACUAGUGCGGUUGCUCAGAGGCAGUGCUGCACGACAGGCGCUACAGAUGCAGCAGGCGGCUGCGGCGCUGCUAGCAGCGAACGUUGGUAGGCGGGUUGUGAGGAGGCCUGGUGCAGCUGCAGAUCGUGUGGGUGCAGCGGCCGUUUGUUGCGCUGCUGCAGGGGGUGCGGCUGGCGUGCGGGUCUUGGGCCCCGGGAGGGCGAAGCAGGAAGGCGCGCUUAUCUGGCCAAUGGCGGGCGCGGGCCGGGGAGGACGUGCAGGAGUGCGGCGGGACGGCAUUUUUCAUGCAGAGGUUGUGGUUUUUCUGGCAUGCACGCGCGCCUGAGGAGGGGUUCCGGCGGAACAGGGAGUGGGGAGAAGUAGGCCCGUGCACCGCGACAGAACGGCGUGUCGUUGCGUGAGGGGGGAGGGAGGCUUACGUAACGGAUGGACUGGCAGGCCCGGUGGCCUCGUGGCGGCUGGCAGCAGACGGGGAGGCGGAUCGGUGGCUUGAAACGACACCCAUCUGCAACAUGCAUGGCACGCCUCUGGCAGUGUCUGCA